UCAGUCGCUAACGUGUUGCUAUUGAAAGAUGUGUGACGUUUGAAUUUUUGUGUGAAAAGGUCGCGAAUAUUUUGGAAAUACUUCAAGUGUUAGAAAAAUGGAAAACUCCGCCUAUGUACCCAAUUCUGCACAUCUGAAUUCUCCAGCUUUAGUUGUAUUUUCACAAGCAGGAGGUUUACAAGAUGCAUUAAGGAUACAGAGGCCUUUCAAUUCACAGUUCACGAUGUCAGACGCAACUAAAAACCUCCACAGACCGUUCGACGCUACAAGUUUUGGUCUUCGUCACAUGGAAGCUUACAGCGGUUUGCCUGCACACAUUCUGAACCAUCUGCAGCCUCAAUUUCUGCAUCCCGGCCUGUCUUUAGGCUCCAGUGCUUUUCGGCCACUCGGUGACUUCAAGAACUUUCCUUCACCUUCGGCUUUUGCGCCACCAAAGUGUUUGAAAAUCGAGACUAGUAGUGAAAAUCAAAUCGGUCGCGGUAUUUUUUCACCUUCUGAUGAAAGGUUCUUGGGUCCUAGCCCAAGGGCUGAUUCAUGUUCUCCUGCAAGUGCUUCUUUGUCCCCUCAGCCUCAGUCUCAGGUCAAAGAGGAGAGUAUGGAUGCACAUAUGUCGGAAGAUGGUGAAGGUCAUCGUGGAAAUGGAACCGACAACGAUUCACCCGGUAUCAUUGAGGAGAACAGGGGCUUCAGAAUAGGUCACCUGUUUGGAGGCGGUUUUGGUGGAGGGGGAGGUGGGUAUGGUUUCUCCAUGCCAGGCCUCCCAUCAGCUGCACACGCUCUAGCCAAGACGACCUUUCUCUUCGACCACGACUUCUCCACGAAGCAGAAAAAAAGGGACCCGUCUAGUUGUCCAGUAUGUGGCUCCACCGUCGCAUCAGGAGAUAUGGAAUCACAUUUUAUGUACGAAUUAGAAAGAUUGUAUAAACUCAGUGGAACAGGUAUCGCGGCAACUAGAAAAAGGAGACCAGAAACUGGAAGGCCACCUGCAUUACCUGGAGAUAGUGGACCUGAAGGUAGAUGGGAGACAUUUCAAAGGAUUAAAACUAACAGACAAGGACGAUUACGAUUGAAAAUAAGGAAGAGGAAAGCAGAUGAGAAUUGUUUGAUAUGCAUAGGCAGAUUACACAGUCCUGAUAGGGUCAAUAUACACCAACAAUGCGUGAAAAAGGUUGCUACAGAUGACGACGAAACAGUAGAUGUUGAAGGAGAUUCAGAGUUAGAAGAAUGGGCAGAAGGACAGAGAAGACGAACAAGUCCUUUAAUUUCUGAAUUGACGAGGACGCCAUCAAGCACAGAAAAAAUAACAGAUAUAGAUAAUGAAGCUGACGAUGUAAUUGUUGAUGGUGAAGAUGAAUCGAUGUUUGGACCUUCGCAAUACUCCGAAUCAGAUGUUGAGCAUUGCAAAAAUGACGAUGAUGGCAAAGAUAGGGAAGGUGUUCAAUCACAAGUAGCGACAGUAAAUUCAAGUGGUGAUGUGGAAAUAAAACUCGAGAGUGCUGUAGGGCAGCAAUGUGAUAGUAACGUGAGUACAUCAGAUGCUGAACCAAGUAGUAGAGCCCAUAUGAUUGAGGAGCUCAGAAAUCGAAUAAGACAGUUAGAAUCUGAAAGUGGGGGUGAAACCACAACUACGAGUUGUGAGCCUGAGGAUUACAAGUGCUUGAUUUGUUUGGAACAUUACAAAAAACCUGUUAUCUCAACGGUUUGCUGGCACGUUCACUGUGAAGAAUGCUGGUUACACACCUUGGGCAGUAAAAAGGUAUGUCCACAAUGCAGUAUGAUAACGUCAGCAUCAGAUUUGCGCCGUAUAUACAUGUAAUGUGAUUUCAUUAAUUUAUUAAUGUUAAAUAUAAUUCACACUGUACUCAGUCCCCCAUGAAAACUGCUUAGCAAUAAUAUAUUCGAAUUUCAUCAGCUCAUUUCUCAUGAGUAGCUAAAUAACUUUUUCGCUAGUUUUCUGGCGAAAAAAUAAGAAACUGUGAUUAGAUAUUUCCAAUUUUUUUUUCAAUUGUCACUCAAUGUUAAAUCGAAUGAGAAUAAAUAUGGGCCUCACUCGAAGGAAAUAUGUUGUAGAUGUCGGAAAAUCUGAUAGAAAAUAUAAAAAUCAAAUUUUCCAUAGACAAUUAAUAAGUGGUGCUAAUUGUGAUGAAGGUUGAUCCUUGAACAUUUCUAAAUCACUUAAGGCGAUGUUGAACUUCGAGUUUGGACUUACCUUGUGAUGCUUAAAUAUAAACAAGUACUUUUAAUGGUGGUGUGCACUAAAAUAUUUCUCACUAAGCUAUCGAGUAUAAUUAAUAUAUUUUUUAUUUAUUGAAAGCAUAUGGUGAUAGAUCAAUCAUCAUCCUAGAUUUUUUUUUCAAUUUUUUUCAUGCUUCUGGAUGUACCUCUAUUUUUAUUUAAUUCUCUCAUCGAAAAAGUCCUUGAUGGCCAAACUGACUCAAAGAAAUUUAUUUCCCUAUCAGAAAUCUCUCAAUUGCCUCUUUAAUCUAUAUUAUAUUCACUUAAACAUAUUCUCACUAAAAUAUUACAUUUAUAGGAUGUCAUAAUGUUAAUAUUGUAAUUUAUAUUUAAUUAGCUUAUGCGAAUUACUGAAUGACUAUCGAAACGUUUCAAAAAUUCGUCUUCACCUUGUUUUCUGUUGAUAUUGGCCUUCAGUAGUUUGCCUAAGCGCUUUAUAUGUUGAAACGUUUGGAACUUAAUUCAUUAUAUUGUUAUAUCGUAAAUAUUCUGUUAAUAUGUAUCAUAAAAUAUGUGUAUAUUGUAGAUAUUUAAUUCUCGAAUAAACCUGAACUGAAUGUCCA